GCGGAGUUAUUUUUAUGAGGGCGGGGCUUCCGUGACCCGGAAGUGACGCGUUCUCCGCUGUGUUUUGGGUUUGUGUAACCAGAGAGGAGGCCGCGCUCGUGUCAGUUCCGCUGUCUCUGGGUGACACAGAUGGACCAGUCCUCUCAGUCCUACAUGCUUGCCAACAUAACCCACUUGCACUCGGAACAGCUUCUGCAAGGCCUGAACCUCCUCCGCCAACACCACGAGCUGUGCGACAUUGUCCUCCAGGUGGGCGAUGUCAAGAUACACGCCCACAAAGUGGUGCUUGCCAGCAUCAGCCCGUACUUCAAAGCCAUGUUUACUGGAAACCUUUCGGAGAAAGAGAAUUCGCAGGUGGAGUUUCAGUGUGUGGACGAGGCUGCUCUCCAGGCCAUCAUAGAAUAUGCAUAUACAGGAACAGUCUUCAUCUCGCAGGAAACCGUGGAAUCGCUUCUUCCAGCCGCAAACCUCCUACAGAUCAAGCUUGUGCUGAAAGAAUGCUGCGCGUUCCUGGAGAGCCAGCUUGAUGUGGGCAAUUGCAUCGGGAUUUCACGUUUUGCCGAGACUUACGGCUGUCACGAACUGUACCUAGCGGCCAACAAGUUCAUUUGCCAGAACUUUGAGGAUGUUUGUCAGACAGAAGAAUUUUUCGAGCUGACAAAUUCCGAGUUACAUGAGAUCGUCUCCAAUGACUGUUUGAAUGUUGUUAGUGAGGAGAGCGUCUUCUAUGCACUUGAAGCGUGGAUCAAGUAUGACGUGCAAGAGAGGCAGAAGUUCCUCUCCCCGUUAUUGCACUGUGUCCGUCUGCCGUUGCUGAGUGUCAAAUUUCUCACCAGGCUGUACGAAGCCAAUCACCUUAUACGCGAUGACCACACAUGUAAACAUUUAUUGAACGAAGCUCUGAAAUACCAUUUUAUGCCUGAACAUAGACUCUCCCAUCAGACGGUGCUAAAGACGCAGCCACGCUGUGCUCCCAAAGUGCUUUGUGCGGUGGGGGGAAAAGCUGGACUGUUCGCCUGCCUAGAGAGUAUGGAGAUGUAUUUUCCCCAGGACGAUUCUUGGAUAGGCCUGGCACCUCUGGGAUCCACCCGCUAUGAAUUUGGACUUUGCACUCUGGACCAGAAAGUGUAUGUUGUUGGGGGUAUCGCCACCCAUGUCCGACAGGGAAUCAACUACAGGAAGCAUGAAAGCUCCGUGGAGCGCUGGGACCCUGUGACCAACACGUGGACGUCGGUGGAGAGGAUGAACGAGUGUCGGAGCACUCUCGGUGCCGUGGUCUUAGCAGGAGAACUGUAUGCCUUAGGCGGAUAUGAUGGACAAUCAUGUUUACAGUCUGUGGAAAAGUAUAUACCGAAGGCUAAAGAAUGGCAGCCAGUCGCACCAAUGAUAAAAACCAGGAGCUGCUUCGCCGGCGCAGUGUUGGAUGGCAUGAUCUAUGCUAUUGGUGGCUAUGGACCAGCACAUAUGAACAGUGUGGAACGCUACGAUCCUGCUAAAGACUCCUGGGAUAUGGUGGCUCCAAUGGCUGAUAAAAGGAUUAAUUUUGGAGUGAGCGUUAUGCUGGGAUUUAUAUUUGUAGUAGGCGGUCACAACGGGGUGUCUCACUUGUCGAGCAUUGAGAGGUAUGACCCUCAUCAGAAUCAGUGGACUGUCUGCAGACCGAUGACGGAACCCAGGACAGGAGUUGGAGCAGCGGUGAUAGAGAACUAUCUGUAUGUGGUCGGGGGUCACUCAGGGUCAUCCUAUCUCAAUACAGUACAGAAAUAUGACCCCAUCUCGGACACUUGGCUGGACUCGGCUGGCAUGGCAUAUUCCCGAUGUAACUUUGGUCUGACAGCCCUUUGAACAUAAGCACAUUGUGUAAUAAUAAGUUCCUGCAUGAGCAGAUGUCCGAGGCCUCGUUUCCAGGAAACACAAAGAUGUGGAGAUACGGGAGAAAUGAGAUCUUCUGCCGGGUGACGACCUUCAGCAGUUAUGGUCACUUAUUUUUGUGUUCCGUCAAUCCAAACUAGCAUGACUCCGUAUUCCCAAUCUUUGAGUAUUCUCAAGAGCUCUGGAAAGCUCUGGAAUAAUUAUCAACCAUUGCAGUUGUAGUCUGUGGUUAUUGCUGGUGCUGGAGAUGUAAGUUUACAAUGAGCAAAAAUGGAUUCUGUCGGGUCUCUUUAGCCUUUGCAGAUGCAUCUGCCCUUUAUGUAACAGUCCUCACUUUCUGAGCAGCUUCAGUGUAAAGGUUCACGAUGGAAAGAGUACAAGUCAUGUGUCCCCCAUGGAAUGGUGAGGGGGUAUGUCAGCAAUUUCUAUUAUUUUCUGUGGCAAUAUGGGAAACCUUCACUUAAACCAAGAUACAAAACCUGCAGGGUGUCACAGGAAAAUUUGUGCAUGUGUUUGUACAAUUGUUCCCAAUUUAAGAAUACUCCUCUUAAAUAAUAGAAAUUUGGAAUUUUUUUGUCUUCUACAGUGCUAUCCCAAACCUAUAUACAAUUGAUAUUAUGCAUUGCACUAGCCAUUGGUUGUGGAAAUAUUUCCUAAUCUUACCUAAUUAUCCGUCUUCCCCUUGUCUAGGCUCUCCUCCUGCACUGCAUUUAACUCCUAAGGCAGUGGUUUGACCACUUUGCUAAAAUGGGGGAAAAAUAUAAAAAAUCAUGUGACAAAAAUAUAAUUGAUUCCAAAAGUGCAAAAUUGAUCCUAAGGAAUGUCAGCGGUUCCUACUGCAACAAAAAUGGCCGUCUCCACUGCACUAGUAUUCUGUAGCAUCACCUAGACACGUCCUGCAUGGAGCUUCUGUGUUCUCAAUUGUCCCUAGGGAAUUGACAGAUUUGCAUUCUCAUACAUAUUGAUUUCACCCAGAAAGUGUCUGAUUCCCCUAUAUUCAUAAUCUAUAACGUUACAUAGACCAUUCGUGCAGUAGAGCCUCCAUUUUGUCACUUGUUCCUAGAUAGGCUAUGUUCUGUUGAUUCAAAAUGGCUGCCACCGCUCUGUGUAGAAAACGAGUACACUUCAGUGUGGUAUUGUGACAUAGCCAGAUUUAUUUUACUUGAGUAGAAUAACAUAUUACCAAACCUGGUGAAAACGCCCUAUAUCCGUGAAGCCUGCCCUCGUCAUUGUUACCCUGGCUUCAUAGCAGUUGGGCUGUAACGCACAAGCGUCUCUCUGUUAUUCAGUGACCAUGUCUGACCCGCUGCACAUGACUGGCGCCACUACUGCACUGUUUAAUGCUACAAUAUUAUCUUGUAGAAAUCUCGCCUAUUAUAUGAAAAGGUCGAAAACGGCUUUUCAGAAAUAAUCUAAUAUUCUAAAUAAACAUGUUGUAUAACCUCUACCUACUGUAUGUAUAUGGCAGUGACAAGCAAAUAGUGUGUGAGUGUGUCAGAUAAUACAAUAUGUCUAUAAUAUCUCACAGAGCAGGGACAGUGAGAACCAGCGGUCUGUACUGACGAUACUGGAGACCCGGCGAAGGUCACGUCACUCAGUGGUCUUGCCGGGAUCCGGUCUCUAGGUCGACACUAUCUAGGUCAACCACUAUUGGUCGACAGUAACUAGGUCAACGGGGUUUCUAGGUCGACAGGUCAAAAGGUCGACUAGGUUUUCACGAUUUUUUUUCUUUUUUUGAACCUUUUCAUACUUAACCAUCCACGUGGACUACGAUUGGGAAUAGUAACCUGUGCCGAGCCCUGCGGUAAUGGAACGAGGCACCUUGCCUGAAGCACGGCGAGCCAUGCGAGGGGAUAUGGUGCACUAAUUGGGGUUCCUGGUCACUCUACGAAGAAAAUGACACAAAAACCAUAAAAAAACUUAUGUCAACCUUUUGACCUGUCGACCUAGACCCUGUCAACCUAGAGACCCUGUUGACCAAUAGUGGUCGACCUAGACACUGCCGACCUAGUUACUAUCUACCUUCCAUACCACACCCGGUUUUGCCUGUAUGACUAUAACGAUAAAGGACUGGCGCACGUCGUUGGGACAUC